AUGUCGUUUGAAGAAGGCUCAGUCUUCCCAAUGGCAGUUGCAACGUCAGGCAUGGCACUUUUCGUAGAUCUUGCAAUCCCGCUUCCGACUCAGCCAAUCACUCCGCAAAGCUCCGGACUCCUUAUCUGGGGCGCAUCCUCCUCGGUGGGAACCACCACUGUCCAGAUAGCAAAGAAUCUGGGCUUCAAAGUUUUUGCUACUGCAAGUCCUACUCAUCACGCCUAUCUAAAGUCUCUUGGAGCAUUCGAGGUUUUUGAUUACCGCGAUCCUUCUGUAGUUGAAAAGAUCGUCUCUGCUGCGCAGAGUCAUGGAACCCCUAUCAGUCUCGGGUUCGAUACGGUUACAGAGGGAGAUACAGCCAAAUCAAGUUCGGAGGUCAUCUUGUCCUCGGGUGGCAAAGGUGGAAAGCUCGUAUUAGCGACUGCCUGGCCCGAAAGCGAGACACCAGAAGGACUUCAAAUCUCUCAGACGAUGGCUUAUCGACACGGAGCAGAUCAAGUAAAAAUUGGAGAAUGGCUGUUCAAUGAGUACCUCGAAAAAGCACUGGCAGAUGGAACUAUUGUCCCUGCUCCAAAAAUCGAAGUUGUUCCAGGCGGACUACGUGGGGCACAAAGCUGCCUUUGA